UAAUCGUACUCAGAGCCUCGUAUAUACCGGUUUCUGACUCAUAGCUAUUCCCAAAAAUCACCAAUAAUUAACCAUUUUAACGAUAAGUAUAUAUGAAACCAGUUAUUGGGGCGGAAAUCGGCAAACAUGAGACAGAGUACGACAAUCUGGCAACGUACAUUCUUUCCAAAAUCUGCCCUGUUCGUUUGUUAUGAAGUCUUCUCUUGCUUAAAAGUGUCUCUCUGUUGAUGUUUGUGCCACGUAUUAGGAGUCGAAACAGGGCGGGGAAGUAAAUGGUGGCGGUGAGGGAAAUACAGAAAACGUAGGGAAGAUAAUUGGACCGCUAUCUUGUCCUGUCCUGCUUCUCGCCCACACUUUAUUAGCAGCUGGACAAGUUAUUCGUCAUCUCAUUACGUUUACUAAGAUAGAGAGAAAGUGAACGAUGACUUCACUUCGCUGGAGGGGAGAAGGGAAGGAGAGAGGAGUAAAGGAAGAAGAGGGAGAGGAAACAGAUGAGGCAAAGGAAAAACAAGAGAGGAAGAGAGGAAGUAUACCAGCAGCAGGAGGAGGAGGAAAAGGAGAAGGCACAGUCAAUAAGGAGGAGGAAACCCUAGGAGGCAGUGGAAGUCAUGGACAUAGUGAGAGUGAGGCCACAUCUGAGAGUGGUAGGGAUGCCUGGGUGAACCACAGGCAGCCGGGGCACCCAAGACAGCUGGCAGUGUGGCUCCUGAUCGUCAUCCUGGCUGCUUCCAAUGUGCUAUUACUUUAUGAACGCCAUGUUGGGGGCGAGGGGAAGAAGCCCCCCAAGACUCCAGAGAGGAUGGUGGAGCUGCACACCUCCUUCACCCCCCCACAAUCCUCUGCCUUCCUCCCCUUCCUGGACUCGGAGGUGUCAUGGAGGAGCCUGGCGGGGGUGCUGAGGUGGCGGAAGGCAGCUUCAUCAUGGGGGUGGGUGCCAAUGUCCUCCUUUUCGGCCCUCCUGCCCCCAGACUCCCCCGCCAACACCGCACAGCCUGGGCAUGUGUGGACACUGCUGCCAGACACCACCCAGGGGGCCUACCUUCAGAGCACCAGGUACGUCCCUCCCUCACCUGCUGGGCCUGCGGAGGAGCUGCUGUCCCACCUCCUGUCCCUCCUGCACCCUCAGCCCUUCCUCAUGUCCAGGUAUGGGCCGAGGGGGGCGGCAGCGGUGGUUAGGGCCAGGACAGAUCACCUGCUUGAGAUUUGGUUCAGGGUCCAUGCAGAGUUCCAGCUGAAUGCCCCACCCAGGCUGCCACUUUGGUUCACCCCGGCCGCCUUCCUGGGCCAGGUGGUUAUCAAUGCUUCGGAUGGGAUGGUCAAUGCUUGUGACAUUCACGUGCCGACUACACGCUCUCUUAACCUGGACCUAGAGUGGUUGACGGGCCCUAACGAGGCAGUGGACAUGGAGGUAACAAUAACACACUUGCCGGAGAUGAGGGUCACCUGCUCCUCACCUGUCCCCUCUGCCAUACCUGUCUGGGCCCAAGAGAUACCUGAGGAGGCAGCUUUGUCCCUCCUGGAGAAGCACAUGUACAGCUUCAUGCAGGUCCAGUACCACAAUUUCAGUGACGUUUUCAACCACACGAGUCACACAGCAGCAGGGGAGGGACAGCAACGGCAGCAACAACAGAGUCUGGUUCACACGAUGGUGCUGUGGGGUGUGUUGUCUGACCAGUCCUGCUGAGGGUCAGGUCGUGCCCUGCGGGAGGGGGCCCUUGCCUCCCCCAGGGUGAUGGCUCUGCUGCAGCAGCACUUUGUCUCAUGCUGGACUCUGCUUGAGGAGGUGCAGAGAUAUGCACAAGAUCUUCCACCGCCACACUCCACACCACUAUUGGCAGCAGCAGCAAAGGCGGCAGUGGCUGCUUAUACCUUCCCUGUACAAAUACUUAUCCAGAAUGCUGCUAGUGGCUCCGUCCUCGCCUCCGUCAAUGCCAAUGAGCUGCUCAACACAGAUCUCGAGGCUCACAUGGUGCUCCAGGGGUUUGAUGAUCCUGUUGAUUAUGCCUACUACAGCUUCCUUCGCCAGGCUGUGGAUGAGCUGGUGGGGGUGAAGGAGGGAACGGGGAAAGGAGUGUAGGUAGGAAGAAAGGAAAGAUUUUAGUUUGGAAAGAAGGAAGGGAGGGUAUGAAGAAAAGAAAGAAAAGAGGGUAGAUAUGAUACUGAGGUAGGAAGUAAGAGAAGGAAGGUAGUGUAGAAGAAAGGAAGGAGGGAAGAGGGUAGAUAGGGCACUGAGGUAGGUAGGUAGGAAGGGGGGGGGUCCAUGUUUUAAUCUUAGAUAUAUCACUUUGUUCUACCUGGCUGUGAAGGAUAUUUAUAAGUUUUGAAAUAAGAGAACAGUAGAUAAAUAAAAAAAAAUGUAGGGCGUUAGGUAGAGAGGGAGAGGGUGAGGGGAUGAUGAACAAACUUGAAGACUGAUGGACAAGCUCACUAGAGGGACCAAAGAAUGCCACCGGUAUAGUACCUGAACAUUUUUAACUACUUAAGAAUAUUGCAUCAUUGUUAGGGGGGAGAGAAGAGGCUGGAAUGAGGAAGCUUUAUAAUGUGUGCUGGGCUUAAUUGUGACAACCUGAUUUGAUGGAUUUUAAACAAUUAAUGGAUUAGGAAGUAGUUGAACCAAUAUUUUUUACCAUGGAUAUUUUAGAAGAUAUAAGAUGUGAACUCGUGCUGUCUGUAUACAGUCAAACCUCGGUUUUUGAAGACUUUUUUCGUCAAAAUUUUGUCCCAGUUUUCGUACAUCCACUCGGUUUUCAUACAGUUGAAAACGGUCCGUACCAAACUCGUCCGCCUGCCCGCGUGACUCGGCCACUUGUUUCCUGGAAUCAAGCACCCACGCAUUCCUGACUCAUAGCCCUAUGCUUGUCUCCCAAUGUCAUCCUCGAAGGAAAACUUAGCAUUUCCGAGGUACCGCUGGAUCUCCCCUUGAACCAUUCUCUUGGGACAUAAUUAGGAAUUAUAUCGUCAUUUAUGCACGAUGAAGUGCUACACUAUGUUCACAGCAUGAAGUCCGUUCUAGUUGUGGCAGAUUCUGGAAUUCCCAUGAGUGCGGCGCUGCCAGUUCGACCGCCAAUUAGGUUGUGGGUAGGUAGGUAGGGAGACAGUGUUAAUCUGAUAAUUGGUGAUCAAACUGGCAGCGCUGCACUCAUGGGAAUGUUUGGAAAGUUUUGUUUAGUUGGCGCAACAUCUGUGGUCAUAUGCUGGAGAGAGACAAAAGGGGAAGGAAUUAUAGGAAAAGGGAACAGAUCCCAGGAGAUGGGACACAACCCCCAAUUAAUACCUGAUAACCAUUCACUGCUGGGUGGACAGGGGCGUAGGGUAUUGGAAAAGCCGCCCAAAUUUUUCCACUCUGCCCGGGAAUUGAACCCGGGCUUUCUUGGUUGUGAGCCGAGUGUGCUAACCACUGCACCACGAAGCACUCAUGGGAAUUCCAGAAUCUGCCACACCUAGAACGGACUUCAUGCUGUGAACAUAGUAAAGUAUAUUCUCUUUGGCAUUAAAUACAUGAAUUUCAAUCCACUUUGACCCGAAUACGAGGAAAAAAUUACAGAUACAAACACGUUUACAAGACUUUGGUGUUCAAGCGAACUAACGAAGUCCUUAUGGAGGGAGAUUCCCCUUCCAAACAGUAACCUCCUCCUCCCUCUCCCCUCCCCGCUGUCUUUCAUACGCCAACAAGAGUCUUCAAUAAAGGCAAAAAUGAUGUUCAAUGUUCAUUUAUUUAUCAUUGUUUUCUGUAUGUAAAACUAUAGUUAUUCUCUAUAAAAUGUAUUUUUUGUUAAUAUUUUUGGGUGUCUGGAAUGGAUUAAUUGGAUUUACAUUAUUUCUUAUGGGAAUUAUUGCUUCAGUUUUCGUACAUUCGGUUUUCAUCAGACUUUUUUGAAUGGAUUAAUCGCGAAAACCGAGGUUCCACUGUAUUAGCCAGAAUAAGAAAGGAAAAGGAUAUAUGAUAUGUCGGUUCUAUACAGUCUUCAUAUGUUACUAGUAUUAAUGAUCUCAUUUUAUUAUUCAAGGUUUGGGCUAAUUAUUUUCAUUGAAAGGCAGGACAGGAUGAGGCUGAAGGAGGGGAAAUGACACAGUGCAACAACCAGACAGCCAUGCGCAGGUAACACCACAAGCGGGAGAGAUGAGCAAGAGGAGGCUGGGGGCUCAGUACCUCAGGAAGAGAAAGCUAAGACUUGCAGUAAUUUAUUUUUCUCCUGUACGUAGAGUAGGGCUGAGAGGUAAUGAAUGGAAUAGUCUUGUGGGACCAGUAGUUGUAGCAGUAGUAAAAGCAAUAGUAGUAGAAAUAGUAGUGGUAAUGAAGCGUUAUUUUUUAUUGAAGCCUCAUAAAUUUAAAGAUUGAAAUAGCAUUUAUAGGAAAGUGCCUUAUAUGAUCUACAUAAUGAUAUUUUAGGGGAACAGAAGAUAACAAAAGAAGGGAAGGGUGAGAGGAUAACAAAAGAAAGGGAGUUAUGGGAGAGAGAAAUGGAGAGUAAAGGGGAGGGAAGAAAAGUAAAGGAGAAUGAAAAGGAAGGGUUGGGGAGAGAAAUGGAAAAUAAAGGAGAAGGGAAGGGUGGGGAAGGGAAAUGGAUGCCAAGCUCAUGAAGUUGUGGCUGUAAAGUGUCAAAACUGAGCCAAGAUGGAAGACCCUUGCUUGGCACCCAGCUUUCUUUCCUCCCUUCGCUUUCCAGUGGACAGGUGAACUGAUCUAAGGUACUGGAAUGGGCGAGGGGGAAUAGUAUGAAACAGACUAAGUAUUUUGAUUUUGUAUUACUGAAAUAUUAAGGUCUGAAUGGUUUGCUCAUUGACAUUUUUGGAUAAUUUUGAUUUACAUUGCACUUUUGUUAUGUUUUUAGAACUAUUUAUUUUGUAUCGUAGUGUGCACUUUUCUCUUGUUAAAGUGCAUGAAUCCCUUGUAGUAUGCUAAUAAAACUCACACUGGCAGGACAUAACCUCUCUUCCUAACAUCGUAAACGGUGGCAGUGUCCACCGAAACUGUUUGGGGAAAUAUGUCCUUCGUCUGCCAGUGAGGGUUUUAUUCAUGAGUAGCUGUUUGUUGGUGAUGUACAAAUAUUAGCCUGUGAUCUUUUUGUGAUUGUGUUUUUGUUUGGUGCUAUUGAUUUGUAUCAACACUUUUGAGAACCAACGAUGAAACUUGUGAUGCAAAUAUAUAUUAUUUUCUCACAUGCAGUGUGUUCAGAAUGUGAAUUGUAGUUGUAGACAGUGUUCAGCAAGCAAAUUGUGCACAGUUUUAAGUCAUAAAUACUUCAAAGAGCCCCUGGAGGAAUGUUAAGCAUUUGGUUUUAAAAGAAACAAAUUUGAGUGUGCCUUAUGUUUAUUCAAGUCUUUCAGACAAAUGGUAAGCAGAAUUCUCAGGUUAUUGAAUGUAAGCUCAUACAAUGCUGAUACACAAGUUUUGAGGAGCAGCAAAACUUUUUUCAGAUUUGACUAGUGUUUUCCCUUUUCCCUAACAGCCAUCUCCUGAAGUUUGAGGUGACAAGUGGAUUGUCCCGCCACUGUGUGCAAGGCAUUACUCCAUCCAGGCCAGUAACGGCUGCUUGAGGAAUUGAAACACCUGGCAGGGUCCUCAGUGCACCACACCUGAAAGAAGCAGUUCCUAACCAAGAUGAACAUUCCAGCUUCCCAGGCAAGCCAUCUUGUCUCAAAGAACAGAAAUUGAAGUUAGGAAGUUUAUUAGGGCAGUCAGCAUGAAAAUAUGAAAUACUGAUAGAAGACAGAAAGAGGUAGAAGAUUGUCGAUAAGAGGAGGGGAGUUUAUGAAACGAAGAGCCUUUGGCUCCACACAUGAGAUGCAUACUUCAUACAAGGGCAGACAUUCCCGUAUAUAGACAGCAUCUGGGAGGAGGAAAGAACUGGCGGAGACAAUACACAAUGCCAAACCUCAAGGCAGUGGAUUUAGCAAGAGAUGAGAUAUGAAAUUUUCAGAUAAGAUUUUAAGCAAGGUCUGAGGUUAAGCAUUCUGUAGCAUCCAGCCUGAAGUCAUGUUAUUCCUAUUGGAAUGGAUAGGAGGGUUUGUUUUGGAAAGAUCAUUAAUGAAUAACAAAGAGUGGGAGAUAGGACAGAGCCCUGCAGAACAGUGACCGUCUACCACAGCAGAGAUAAGAAUGGCCAGAAAGGAAACUGAAGAUAAAAGUACAGAGAGAGGGAUAGAAUCCAUAGGAAGGUAGUUUAGAAAGCAGAGAGUUGUGCCAGACUCUCAAAAAAAGCCUUUGAAAUAUAUCUAAGGCAAACAGCAAAAGUUUCACUGAAAUGGCUAAGAGAGGAAAACCAGGAGUCAGUCAAGAUGGCAAGAUCACCAGAAGGACAACUCUUGCAAAACUCUUAAUAGCAAUCAAAGAGGUCAUCAGUUUAUGAAUGCUUCAGAAUUUUCUGGAUAAGGAUUGAUUCAAAAGCUUUACAGGAAAUUAAAGCUACAGGAUGGUAAUUUAAGGGAUUGGAACUGUUAUCUGUCUUAGGCGAAGGCUGUAUGUAGGUGUACUCCCCGCAGGAAUGUAAAGUAUUGGCAGAUGCUGAAAGGCAGAGUUUGACCAGGCAUGGUGUCAGCACAGAAGCACAGUUUUGAAGGACAAAAGGAGGCACUCCUGUGGGUCCAUAAGCCUUCUGAGGAUUGAGGCCAGAUAGGACAUAGAAAACAUUUUUAGAAAUUUCAGUAACCAGUAUAGUGGAAUCAGUCAAGGGAUGAGUAGGAGGAAUAUGCCCUGAAUCGUCUAAAGUGAAAAUUUCACAGGAUAUUAUAUUCACAAUAUAGUGUAUAGCUCAGCUUAACCCUUUCCAUCCGUGAUGCAGACGUUGGCGUCACAGUAUGGAAAGGGUCAAGAGGAAAUGGAAGAGGAUUAAUCCUCUUCUAAGCUUCUUAAUCCUCCUCUAAAUUCCUCUUAAGAGGCUUAGAAGAAGAUUAAGAGGAAAUGGAAGAGGAUUAAGAGGUUUAGAAGAGAACUAACGGUGACGCCGUCGGACGCCUGUCGGCGUCACCAGAGUGAAGGGGUUAAAGAGAUAUGUGACAGCAGUGCCUUUAUAUGAACUAAGGAGAAGUGAGAAAGAUGAAGUGGAGUUGUUGAGAUAUUUUUGGCCAAGUGCCAUAAGUCGGGAAAAAUUAAAUAGAGCAAGGUUUUGAGAUUUUCUAAAAAUUAUUUAACAAAAUGCUCCAACCUUGACAUCACUAAUUCUUUCAGACUUUUGGCACCUAGCAAAAAAUGUCUAAAUUCUUCUUCAUCUUUCUCACCUCUCCUUAGUCCAGAUAAAAACCCAGCUGUCACAUCUUUUUCUAAAGCUGGACUCUCUGCUCUAGACCAAGGCUACACAACUGGCACCCCAUUGUCUGAAUCCAGGCCGUCUAACUUAUGAGUGCUGUAGCUGGUCCCCAGGCUCCAGUAGAAAAAUAAUAUUAAAUAAUAUUUAGCUCCUUGACUGACUGGAAACCAAAUAUCUCCUCUUGCUAAAUCAGCUUCCUCAAGGUGAGGCAUCCUGUAUCAACUCCUCCCAGGGCUAAACCUAAAAUUUUUUUAGUGGGUGGGCACUGGACUGUUGCUGCCUAUUGCGCCGGUAGGCAUCUUCCCGGUGGGGCCUGAUGGUCGGCCCAAGGCUUCUUCCAGGUGGGGCCUGAUGGUCGGCCCAAGGCUUCUUCCAGGUGGGGCCUGAUGGUCGGCCCAGCCCGUUCUGGCGCAGGCGAGUGUUUAUAGUGGCGCCAUCUUGCAUUGGCUCAUGCUGCCCCCCGGAACUCGUUCUUGAUUCGCUUGGACGGCUUCCUCUAGAGUCCGGGUUGAUGGGUGGUCUUCAGGACAGCAUGUGGGUAGUUUUAAGCCACUCGGCGGUGACUGAAAAAUCCGAGGUGGUAGCGUGGGGAUUCGAACCCGCGUCGUCCAUCACGCGGUGAAUGUGGGCCCAGUACGCUACCAGUUCAGCCACCGCCUACCCCAUACACGUAUGAUCUUUAAUGUGCGAUGACUAAUGUACCACUCAGAAGUCAGAAUCUGGACAUUGUAUAAAAUGAUCACUUUUCUUGUGAAACAUGCACACACAUUAUAAUUAUAGUAUAUAUAUGCAUAUAUAUACGUGUGUGUGUGUGUGUGCCGAGUGAGAUUCGUGCAUAUGGCAGCGUAAUGCCAAGGUAUACAUAGUAAAAUGACGCAAACACCCCCCCCUUUUGGGCGUAAUUAAUUUAGUGGGUGGACAAUUUAUUUUUGUAGGUGGGUAGUACCCCACCCAGUUAACAGGUUACGUUUAGGCCUGACUCCUCCUCCUCUUACUGACAGUAGUCUUUUAGCUCUCAACUUCUGCCACGGUGUUGCCUCUUUAUCGUCUAUUGAUUUUUCAUGCUGACUGCCCUUCCCACAGCCCUCUGCACACAACUUUCUACUCCAGCCCACCUCUGCUAUCCAAAUCCCUUAUGCAAGAGGUAGCCAUCAUUUACAUUCCUUCCACUGGUAAACUCUAGAACUGCCUUCCUUUGUCUGUAUAUCCUCCUGCCUACAAGUUAACCUUUCUCUGUAGAAGAGUAUUAAGACACCGUGUUUUCUUUUGCUGGAGUAACACUUUUUUGUUGUUGUUGCCCUUGAACUGCCUCAUGUGCUGUAAAAAAAGUUUGGAAGGGUUAGUAAAUAACUGGUGGGGACACUCAUCUUGUUUGAUUGAAAAAUUCCAGUUAUUUCCUGGAGCCUCUUUGGUAUCCAUGAUUUGUACCAGGUUCAGGAAACUAACUGGAUUUUUUCUAUUUAAUCAAACAAGAUGAGUGUCCCCAUCAGUAUAUAUUUACUGAACCUACCAGACUUUUUUUACAGCACAGGCGGCGGCUCAAUGGCAACAACAAAAAAACUCAAGAUACACAUCCUCUAUUCUUUAACAACAUUCAGCUGUCCCCUUACUUUACAAUAAUUAUUCUUGGUCUAUCCUCAACUCAAAAUCUCAACUGGAAACCAAAUAUCCCUUCUCUUGCUAAAUCAGCUUCUCCGGCAAAACAAAAUUGAAUGAGUGCCCAGAAGUGGUCUUUUCGGAAGGAGAGGUGUCUUGAUACUCCUUUCUAGUCUAGUCUAGUUGUAUGCAGGAGGAAAUACAGAUUAAGGAAGGUUGUCCUAGAUUUUACCAGUAAAAGGGAUGAAUGAAUGAAUGAAUGACCUUUUACUACAUAUAUCAUGCAUUACUCAUACCAAAAACCUACAAGUUUUCUCACAUGCCACCAACUUUACCUACUUUACCUUUGUUUUAUGUGACAUGCAUUGUAAUUUGUUGCAAUAAAGGAGCUAAACACUG